AUGGAGCCUCGUCUGGCUGCUGGACGUCAAGCGACGGAGCGUGUGGAGCUGACUCGGCAGGGUAUCGGCAGGGCUACGGAGAGCGCCGCUGCGCUCGCUGAUCAACUCGUUCUCGAAUUCCUCGUCAUGGAGCUCACCGAACCGCCGGCUGCUCAGCUGGCCAAGACGGCUGGCGAUGGAGCUCAACUGCAGUUCAUCAGCAGCAUGUUUGAUCGUAAUCCUAUUCUAGAGCGUCUGGCAGCGAGUGUGGUGGUCCAACUACUCGGUCCAGCCGUACAACGAAAUUCGCUUCAUCAACACGAAGAAUUUGACGAGUCGGCUAUCCCGGUGGAGAAUUCUCAACAUCUCCGUCUGCUCUAUCAAAUUCGUGAAGUUCUCCAACGACGUAAUACCCUACAUCAAAAUGUUCAUACGGCUCAAGUGGAGACAUCAUCUCGAUCUGUACUAUCAUCACCGCCAGCACCACCACCAUCCACUCUACUGCAGCCCGAUUACCACUCUUCAACUAACGCUUGCCCAAGACAUUGCGAAAAUUGUGGUAGUAAUCAACAGCUUUCAUAUCUCACACAAUUAAUGCAGAACAUGCGUAUCGGACAAAAUCUGAACAAUCUGGUUUCUCAACAUGAAACCGAAUCAGGACUCUUCAAAGCUUCGCCUACUACGGCCGCUACACAAAUGCCUAGUCAAGAAGCACCAACAGUACGAACCUCGAAAAUCACGGAAAAAUUGGAAGGCAAUGAUAUAACCAUGUCUGUGAAAGUCUACAUUCCGUCACCACCACCUGGAGUGAAAUGCAGCUACAUCGGUCGUCUUAUUGGACCAAAUGGAAUAACCAUAAGAGAACUGCAAUUGGAAACCCGAUGCCAUAUCGCCGUCCGUGGCAGAGGGAGCAUCAAGGACAGUAAGCUCUUCCGUAAGAUGCGUCACAAACCCGGCUUUGGUCAUCUGAGAGAGGACACCCACGUGCUUGUGGAGGCCAAGGGCACAUCACGCGUCGAAUGCCGAACAUUGAUCGAGAAGGCGAAAAAACGUAUUGCUGAUAUGUUCACUCCGGAAUUCGACUCACUGAAACGAGAACAACUCAUUCAUCUGGCGAUGUUGAACGGAACCUACAGACAAAGUCUUCCUUCACCAAGAUCAUCUACCUGA